CUAUCACUUUUUUUUUGAGUACCCUCCACCAAUUCUAAAGAAUGAGUGAGAUUAAAGAAGUCGUGUGUAUUGAUGCAAGCGUUACCCGCAAAUCUACAACGAACACAGUGGAGAUCAGUGUAACGCGUGAAAACGUGGUCGCUUUAGGAUCAAGCGAUCCUCCUCCGUUCCCAACCCCUCACAUCCUUUUGAACAACAUCGCUAGCUUUGAUGAAGACAACAUGUAUCAUCUCCUCUAUCCAAAGCUCCAAGUUCCCAAUUUAUGCAGGAUUCUCUCCUUCAACAUCGCUUCCAAAGCCAAGGGAGAUCAAGGACCAUUGUACAUCUCCUUUGACAUCACAUUAAGACCAUAUAUAUUGGAGGAACCAGCUAUGGAAACAUGCGCUAUUUGCUUGGAGGAGGAUCAAGACUUAACCCAAAUGCGAAAUUGUACAAGUGUGGCAGGGCAAAAUCUGAUGGGUCAGGGAAGUGGGAUUGGUUGUGAUGAUGUAACUGUUGCAGUCACAUAUGAGACAGGAAAGGGUCUGAUGGGACAAAGAAGUGGGAUUGAUAGUGAUGCUCUAACGGUUGACGUCACAAGUGAUACAAGACAGAAUCUGAUGGGUUCUAAAGAUAACAGAAGUGAUCGGAAUUACCAGAGACCUAAAGAAGAUGAAACACUUAAGUUUCUUAUGAAGAAAGCUGGCUUUGGCUCCAAUGUUGCAAUUCAUGGUACUUUUGGUAGUGGAUUGGUUGCUUCAGCCAAUAGGAGGGUUCCUCCGUCUUUUGGAAGUAAAGUUAAACCUCUAAGUUUAGAGGAAUCUAUCAAAUUGUUUGCAUCCCAGAGCAAAAAAAGAUGGUACUCAAAUUCAUCCCAAGGGAAGUUUUUGCAUGUGAAGAAACAAAGAGAUGAAAGACAAACAAAUGAGUUUGGCCUCCUCCCAAUAAUGCGACAUAACCAGAUUCCUGACGUGCUUACCCCUCGUAAGAAGGUUCUCAACGUGCUGCACCAUUUCAGAAUGGUCUUUGAAGAGUUGGACAGAAAUAAGGCGGCACGUUGUGUCAAGAGUCAAACAGAUCGAGAUACACGGGAUAUACUCAUAAGAGACGGUAAACAAGUUAAUGGUGAAAAGAUGAUUGGUGUAGUCCAUGGAGUUGAAGUUGGUGAUAAUUUCAAAUACAAAUCACAACUCAGCAUAAUCGGUCUCCACUUCAACAUGUUAGGGGGUAUCGACUAUAUGAACAAAGAAGGCUUGGACUUAGCUACAAGCAUUGUAAUAUCGCAAGGUGCUGCUUACAACGAUAUAUGCAACGCUAAUAUGGUGGUUUACUGUGGCGAAGGACAUUACUUAAAGAGAAAGAAUCUGAAGCCACCAGAAGACCAAAAAAUGACAAGGGGUAAUCUCGCUUUAGCUAAUAGCAUGAGGGCAAAAAAUCAAGUGAGACUGAUAAUUGGCAGGAAGAAGAUGAACGUGAAGAAAUAUGUUUAUGCGGGAUUGUAUUUGGUUCAUGAAUUCUGGAACGAGAAAGGACCCCUAGGAAAUGAAGUCUUCAAGUUUAAACUUCUUAGACUUCCUGGUCAAACUUCUAUCCAUUUGAAUUAUUAAACAUUGUUAUAUCUUUUCUCAAGUUCCCUCCUAAAUUAAUCGCAUCUGCAUCUGCAAAGGAUAUAAUUAUACAUAUUUUCUAGACUGUUUGAUGGAAUUAGUAGUUACUAAAAAUUUAUGAAUCUG